CAAAUAUAAAACUUCAGACUACAAAACAAAUAUAAAACUUCGGUCAAAAAAGUUUAGAUUUGUAUAAAGUAAGAACAAACAUCUUAGACAUACAACGCCUUUAAAAGGCGUGAUAAAAAUCUAGAACCAUGUCUAACAAGAUGGGAGCUCCGAAAUCAGGAGGAAGGGUGGAAUACCCUAACAACCCUGACUUCGCUCACCAGCGCCCCUUCUCCCAGGACUGGCUGAACUCCAGCUACCAACAGACAUUGCUUCCUGAUGCUCCCUGGCACAAGAUUGAGCACAAGAUAGCUGAAGCACUGGCAAAGAAGGUGUCUAAGCAGUUCAAGAAACCAGAGAGGAAGGAAGCUUUGUUGGAAAGUCUAGGCAAAAUGUUUGUCUCAAGCUACCUACCAAAUGUUGAACCCAACCCCCAAAUUCUGGAACCUCCAGACAUGGAUCCUAUGGAGAAGACAAUAUUGAUGAAGGAGGCAGAGGCCUACCUGACUAGUCAGCUGUAUAAGUGUGUGAAAGAAGAGGGCUAUGGGGACAUGCUGGCCAGUGCUGAUGGCAAAGCUCCAAAGGGGGAAUAUGCCGAGUUCCUACAGCACUGUUUUAACGUGUUCCACAAGGGUCUGGACCGGGAACUUUAUGUUCAGGAGAUGGAUCUGUCGAGAAAGAAAGUAAAGGAACUUCAAACUGAUUCUCAGUUGAGAAAGAUGGUGAAACCAAGCCGAGUGAAGCCAUCGACAAUCUCAUCCUCAUCCUCUCUUUCUUCAACACCGAGCAGUAAACCCAACUCUGCCGCCAUAAGAAAUAAGUUACUAACAACGAAUGGAGAUACCAAAUCAAUGGUACAUAAAGUUGAGGGCGACCCUCCUGCACUCUGGGGUGUCCAGAGUGAUGCUAUUGGUCAGGCUGUAAUGGCCAUUCUGGAAAGAGACCCUCGCAAGUUUGACCAUGUGGCUGGUAGAAUGCAUGGUCGACAGCUUCCUGGAACUCUCCGCACAUACAUGUGGGCAGAUGUUCUGUUCAGGGAGGAGCGAAAACGUCUGUCUGAAGGUAACCUUGAGCGAGUUUUACGUGAGCGCUUUGCCAAGGCUGUGGCGAGAGGCGUUCAGGAUCUAAGGAUCACACGGGCCACCAACUCUCCGAUUGCUGGCCUCAUAGAAAAUGCUGUUAUAGAGACAUACAACAAGACAACAGGUAUGGUGGCAUUCCGUACCAAUGAACACAUGAUUGAGUCUAGUCGCACACUCAACGCUCUCUACACAUACGACCGGAGCUAUGAGCCAUACCUCAUACACUGGCUGUUCCCUCUUCAGGUCUGCUUCCAACAAGAGUCCAGUAAACCAACAGACAAAGGCCAGCAUGUUUAUGAGUUGGCUAUGUACCUGGAUCUCCUCAACAACUCUUGCUUCCCGACCUGGAUCCAGGUGUUUGCGAUUGCAGAAACAGUGAUGAAUAUACUGAGUCAGGCCGACCCGGAUAUGUUCACCCACCUAAAGGCCAUCGCCACCACCAACAUUAAGAUUAACAAAAAGGAGUUCCUUGUCCAGUUGAUCAGUGUAGAGAAGGCCAAGGCAGAGGAGCUCCUCAAGGCCACUCCAGGAAGUAAGCGAGAGGAGAAUAUGAACUCUGAACUCCUCGCCGAUCCCCUCAUUUUCCUCCGGCGCUGGAUAGGAGAGGGAUUUGUAAGUGUUCUGGACACGCCAGGGAUCAUGUACGUGUGGGACCAGUGUUUCCUACAGGGUUGGCAGCCAUCAGUCCUACAGAACUUUGCCAUGGCCAUCCUCAUGCUGCUCAAACACAAGUUUAUGAAGGCGAGGGACUAUACUGGCAUGAAGGAGGUCUUUUUCUUUGAGCCCUGUAAGCUGUAUACAGUUGAUAUCCAGAUGGCCUGGAUUCAUCUUGAGAGUGGAAAAGACCUUAUGGAGAUUCCCUACCUCAACCGACAGAGGCCUGUGACGCCAGCGUCACGUCUGAGUGGGGGAGUAUCUAUUGCUAGUCCUACUGUCCCAGGCUUCCUCCAAUCUUUUGGUAUCAAGGAAAUCAGCUUGAAACUGGUUAUUCCCUCAACAGCUGUGUCCAGGGAAACUUGGUUGAAUUACUUGAAUGCUACAGAAAUGGUUCUGCAUGUGUCCAUCUACUUCGGUAGUAUCAAGCUUCGGUCGCGUAUGUCCAUGCACCCUGCCUACACCGCUGUACAAACUAAAGAUAUGUACAAAAAUCUUCUGUAUGAAAUGCACUUCCCACAAGACAAGUUUGUAUAUGAGAGUAUUGACAUUUCCCAGUACGAUGUGGAACGGGAACUGGGAGCCCACCCUUAUGCCCUCAUUAGAGUGGAGUACAAAAAACCAGCUACUAACCAUUCAGAUGCCAGGGUUGUUCAGCUUGGCUGGGCGCGUGUGCCGUUAUUUUACCGGGACUCACCGGGAAGAAAAUCUACAGAUUCUGUGGAUAUUCAGUGGACACUACAGUCAGGAGAAAACAAACAUUCCAUCCACUCUGGUGACGUCCCAGACACCCUUAUCACAGCCGUCCCUCAAACACCAACGGAGAAACCUGAGGGACUGCUGGGAUACAGCUCGGAGCUGGGAGUGAUAGUUUAUGAACCGAAACAUGAGCCCAAGUCCAAGAAGAAGGUGGAAGAGAUUAAGGUGAUCACCCCUCCACCAGAGACACCUGUCGAGGAAGAGGAAGAAGAGGAGGAGGAUAAGAAAGAGGAGGAGGUUAUCAAAACUCCUGAUGAAUUACUGGACCCCUGGGUGGAACACAAUCCCUUUGCCUCUAGGAGGGAUCCAGACCCCACAGGUCUCAACUCCUGCUUUGAUUUGUACAUUGAUGCAGUCCACUUUAUACCUGACAAUGCAUCCAUCAUCAAGGUAACUGGUAUCAUAGGAGCACCAGACAUGACCAAAGUUUUACUGGCGCUUCCAGAGCUCAAAAGUUCAGCUCGUAGUCCAAGAUUUUUGUUCAGAUUGGAAUUUAAUGAAGAACAGAAGGACCUGAACCCACAGAUGGUCGCCUUCCUUCGUGUCUAUACCUACGACAUCUUUUCAGAAGAAAUCUCGGUCAUUGGCAGUGUAUUUGUUCCCAUUUUUAAUAAAGGGAAGCUCAAUGUAGGUGGUCACCAGCUACGACUUCGUAAUGGUCUACCAAAGAACAAGGCUAGGUACAAAGUGACGGAUCUGGACCAGUUCAAGGUUGUGCCUGCAUGCUCCAUUCUUGUGCGAAUUAUGCUGCAUGAAACGGAUUAUAUUGAAGCUCCCAAGUACGGUAUUGGCUACUAUCAUUCUGAGCCUGCUCGUCCAACCAUCACGGACGAAAGGAUAUUUGCUAGCUAUGCUGAUCAUAUGAACUACCCCAAGACUGAAACAGCCAUGAUACAGAGACUACAAAGCUCCCAGGGGUUCCCUCUUGGAGAAACAGAUGAAGAAUUGCUUGGUUGGCUCCAAGCCAAACUGGAUAUCAAGAAAGUUGGUCCCAAAUUCACUGCUGGGAAUCUUCCUCUGGAUGCUAUGGUCCGAUACCGUAUAAAACAGGGUAUGAGGAUCCGGAUCAACCGUCUAUGGGGACUGCCACCUGUUGAUAAUCUGUACACACAGUGCUACUGUAAGAUAGAGCCCGGUGAGAAGGUUAGGGGCAUGCCACUGACUGCCGAGGGACAUGGCGGUGAGGAGCGCUUCCUCACAGACAAGAUCGACUUCAACAGUCUCAUGACAGAUCCAAAAUGGAACGACGAUGUUAGAAAUCUGAAGCCACACUACGACACCAACUCGGUAUUAAUGAUCCAGAUAUUUGGUCUAACCAUUAAGUACAAAGCCUUAGCUGACCACAACUCUGCUGGCCUUAUUAGGAAUCUUCAGGGUGAAGAGUUGGAUAUCACUGAUGACCAGAUCAUUGGAUGGACUGCCAUGCCUUUGUUUGAAGCAAAUGCAGUACUGACUGGUACACACGAGUUGCCAAUAUUCCGAGGAAAACCACCCGAGGGUAUUAUUGAAUCAUUCUCUAUACAUCCUAUCAACGAGGUGUUUGAGAAAUGGAAGUGGGACAAGAAAACUCUUAGGAUUCCUUGGACAAGUAUGACUGUCACAUUAUGGGAUGGUCAUUAUGACUUCGGCGAUCUCCCCUUCCUUCCUACUUAUGAAGAUUUGCUGAAGAUUGCUGGUAGUUUGGAGGCCUAUAAAAAGACCAGAGAGAAUGCAAAAGGCACAAAGCAUAUCUCAAGUCUGGUCCUUGAGGGUCUGGAAGGAAAGUACCGGCGCCAGGGUAUAGAGGGUGAAAUGUACCAGAAGGAAAAAGGCUUCUUCCAGGAGCUCAUGAACAACACGAUGAGCUACUUAAUCCAAUGGUAUCUAGUCACUCCACAGCCGACGCCAUCAGAUGUAGAAACCAACGACAAUGAGGAUUAUAACUCCCAGACAACUCCUACAAAGGGAUGAGUACCUGCUCGGGAUAGGUGAGGCUCCAUUAUAACCAGGGGAGUACAAGCCCAAUCAGGAUCUACAUGCUUGGAUUAGGCAAGGCUCAACGUUAUAUCCGCCCUAUCAGAUUCAGGGGAGGCUCUUCUGUAACAGUGAACACACUCCGAUUCAUGAUCAGCAAGGUCACACCCCUGGGAAAACACUUUCACAGGCCUUAAGCAAGCCUAAAAAUGACCAGUUUUUAGACUUGUGGGCCUAGCCGUCGCAAUAAUGAAGAGUUCUGAAAUUCAAUAUUAACCAUCAGGGAUGUUAUGAAGUUCUCAUUGAAGACAAAGUGAACUGAUAUUGUCAUCUGAGUUCUUACACGAGAACACACUGGAAUUACUCCUGGAACAUCACUUCUGUGUUACACCUAAACUCCUUUGUAUUCUCUAGGCUAUGUCAUACAAACAUAUUUGAAUGUGCUUUUCAUUUCCAUAAUAUUUAUUUGCAUGUAAUGCUACAAGUUGUGGAUUUUUUUUGGUAAAAUUAUGAUGUAAUUUGUAUCGGGUAUGCAUUAAUCUUUACAGAUUAAUUAUAUCUUGGUGGAAUUGUAUACAAAUCUAAAUAGGUUGUCUCCCUUUACCUUUAACUGGCGAUCAACAUGUGCUCAGAACUACGUAAACCAGUAUCCGGAUCCAUUGAUCACAAUUGUACAAGUAUCUGGAAAAUUCUUUCUGUUUAUUAUCUUCCUUCCAAUGUUAAAAUGAGGACAUAAUUUUUUAGAAUAAGAGACAUUUGACAGUUUGUCAGAAGAUGAGGCCCCAUGUAUUUUGAUGAAAUCUGAAAUUAGUAGUUUUUGCCAGGAAUUUGGUUUCACUGUAUUUGCGAUCCUUGAAUAUAGCACGAAAAUAAAUACCUAGUAAAUCUUUAUAUAAAUAUACAGAAGAGUUUACUGUAAAAUAUUUACAAGUUGGUGUUACCAAAAAUUGAAUACCCACAAACAAGUUCUCUUGGUUUAAACCCGUAAUACAAAAUAUUAGCCCUAGGAAUUUAACAAAUAUACAUUAGGUAUAGAUUAUCUUAGAACCAGGUGUAAAUUAAAAAUGUUAAAGGUGUUUCUAUUUUGUUUUUUUUAAUUUGCUGUCAAACUCUUUAAAACCAAGUCAGUAUACUUAUACAUGUUUAAUAUCUUAUGUGUUUUUAUACAACCAUGAAAAGACGUCCAAUUUAUGUAUGAUUGUGAGAAUUAUUUGUUUUACUUUCAGAUUUAUUUCUAUUUGUGUAAUACAUUGGAUACAAAGGUUUUGUUUGCGGCAUUAAAAAGACUUUUUUGUAGAAACAUGUA